GCUUGCGUCAUCAACGCGACUGUGAGCACAUCACGCGCGACGCUGUGUUUUGAAAAAUUGCCGGAACCUUCCCGCAAUUUUUUGAUAAUGAAACCUGUGCCUGUCAACACAAUCAAAGUUUAUGGCGUGCGAUAAGGUAACAGUCGGUAGUUAGGAUGCCGAAAUCUCUGAAAAAGUCGCGUGUCUCUCAGACGUCCAUCAGCAGGUACUUCGGAGGGGCGAGCAGUGGGACGCCAAAACCAAAAAGGAAUUUUAUUCCCCCGAAAGGCAAGAAGCGUAUCUCCCACCACCAUGACUCUGAGCUACCUUCCAAACAAGCCAGGCUCUCUCUGCUGGUGGAUGACCGAGACCUUGAGACUGCAUCCACUCAGAGCUCUGCAGAACAAAAGUCACCAUUCCGCACAGGCCCAGGGGGUUUGUGCCCUUCAACCUUGGAGAGGCUAAAAGGGUUCACUUGUCCGACUGAGCCCAGUGGCAAGAGCUGUGAUAUUGUGACUUGUGCGAAGGAGGGAAGCAGUGGGAGUCAUGGUGUCGAAAGUCAAUGCAUCAAUGACCAACUCGCAGAGAAAUCAGAAGAUGAGCAGAGUUCAAAGCAGACGUUGAACUUCUCUCAGUUUGCCAAGCCAGCAAGCAUAGGAGGACAACAUGCUGAAGGAACGGCCACGGAGGUCAGUCUUCCAUCAACCAAUAGCGCCCUCUGUCGACGCUCAAAGAGUGCGUACACUCCUCUGGAGCAGCAGGUAAUCCAGCUCAAGCAGCAGCACAAGGAUGUCUUGUUAGCUGUGGAGUGUGGAUACAAGUAUAGGUUUUUCGGAGACGAUGCUGAGAUUGCCGCAAAGGAGCUGAAUAUCUUCUGUCACCUGGACCACAACUUUAUGACGUGCAGCAUCCCCACACACCGAUUGUUCGUCCACGUCAGGCGGCUGGUGUCCCAUGGCCACAAAGUGGGUGUUGUCAAGCAGACCGAGACUUCUGCCAUCAAAGCGUCAGGGGCCAAUAAGAACACUCUCUUUACCCGGCAACUCAGUGCUCUGUACACCAAGUCCACGCUGGUGGGAGAGGACGUCAAUCCUGUGUGCAGUCCAGAUGACAUGGAGGGCGGAAGCCACAAUGAUGUGUCGGAGUCUCCUGACAGUAUCUUGUUGUGUGUCAGUGAAAACUGGGACAAGUUGAAGAAGCAAGUCACUGUGGGGCUGGUGGCAGUUCAGCCCAGCACAGGAGAGGUCCAGCUGGAUUCCUUCCCUGACAGUCAGUCUCGCUCCGAACUGGAGAGCCGUAUCUUGAUGAUAAACCCCGUCGAGAUCCUGGUGCCUUCUGACCUCUCAGCGCAGACCCAGAAACUGUUGGAGAGCAUUACCAAUGCCAGUGCUCAGGCUGGUGACAAAGUGCGAGUUGAAAGGAGGGACAGCACCCACUUUGAGUUUGCCUCUGCAAUGAACACGGUCACUGAAUUCUAUUGCCACGCACAGACCAAAGGCUGUCGCUCUCUAUGUAGUGUGGCAUCACUGGAGAGCCCAGUGAUCUGCUGUUUGGGUCCUCUAAUCCAAUACCUCCAAGAGUUCAACUUGGACAGAGUGCUUCGAAGUGAAAGCUCCUUCCAACGGCUGACUGGUGAGUCACAGGGAAUGAUCCUCAGCGCCGCCACACUCAGGAACCUGGAAAUCCUCAACAACCAGACAGAUGGCAGUGUGAGGGGCAGUCUGCUGUGGGUGCUGGACCACACACGCACUCCAUUUGGGAGGAGGCUAAUGAGGAAGUGGGUGACUCGUCCGCUCACAGACCCACGGUCCAUCUCGGAGCGUCAGGAUGCGGUGAAGGAGAUCCUGGAAUCUGAUUCUCUCACAUUAAACUCCACAAGAUCCCUGCUGGUGCAUUUGCCUGAUCUGGAGAGAGGAAUUUGCAGCAUAUUCAAUAAAAAGUCAUCCACGCAGGAGUUCUACAUCAUCAUCAGCAGGCUUUGUCGCCUGGAGCUGGAACUGCAAGCCCUGCUGCCGGCUAUUAGAGCGCAGAUCCGCUCUGGGCUCAUUCGAGGACUCCUGGUGGACACCCCGGACCUGCUGGCCCCAGCCCACGGCUUCCUCAGCGUGCUUAACGAGAACGCAGCCAAGUGUGGGAAUAAGACGGAGCUCUUCUCAGAUCUCUCUGGCUUCCCGGUGCUGCGGGAAAGAAGAGAGCAAAUUCAGAAAGUUCUGCAAGAGAUUCAGGACCAUCGCAAACAUGUUCGAAUUGUGCUGAAAGCUCCCACCCUCGACUACACUACCGUGUCAGGACAGGAGUUUCUGAUUGAGGUGAAGAACUCGCAGUCCUCCAUUGUUCCUCGUGACUGGGUUAAAGUCAGCAGCACCAAAGCGGUCGGCAGGUAUCACUCUCCCUUCGUGGUGGAGCGUCACAAGAAGCUGCUGCAGCUCCGUGAGCAGCUGCUUCUGGACUGCCAAAGGGAGUGGACCGCUUUUAUGGAUCAGUUUGGGGAGCACUAUCACACCAUGAAACGGGCUAUUAGUCACCUAGCAACCAUGGACUGUCUCUUCUCAUUGGCUGAGGUGGCCAAACAUGGAGAAUAUUGCAGGCCAGAGGUGUCUGAAAGUGAGCGUCAAAUUGUGAUAAAGGAUGGCAGACACCCUGCUAUAGACCUACUCAUGGGAGAGCACAGCCAGUAUGUGCCCAAUCACGCGCAGCUACAGGCGGAUGGAAAAAGAACAAUGAUCAUCACUGGCCCAAACAUGGGGGGAAAGAGCUCCUACAUCCGCCAAGUGGCCCUAAUCUGCAUUAUGGCUCAAAUGGGCUCCUAUGUCCCGAGUUCUGCGGCCCAUUUGGGCAUUUUGGAUGCCAUUUACACCAGAAUGGGAGCAUCGGACAACAUCUACAAAGGGCGCAGUACCUUCAUGGAGGAGUUGACCGAAGCCUCUGAGAUUAUUUCCCACGCGACGGAGCGCUCCUUGGUCAUCCUGGAUGAGUUGGGCCGGGGCACCAGCACCCACGACGGCAUCGCCAUCGCCUAUGCGACCCUCGAGUACCUCAUCAGAGAUGUGAGAUGUUUCACCCUCUUUGUGACCCAUUACCUUCCCUUAUGUGAGCUGGAGCGGGUGUACCCACAACACGUGUCCAACUACCACAUGUCCUUCCUCCUCAAUGAACCCGAUGUGGCUACUGGCACACGAGAUGGAGACAUUCGUCCUGAAUUCAUCACCUUCCUCUACCAGUUAAGCGAAGGAGCCGCCGGACGCAGUUACGGCCUCAAUGUGGCCCGCUUGGCUGAUAUCCCGGAGUCAAUACUCCAAACCGCGUCCCUCAAGGCCCGGGAGCUUGAGGAUGCGGUCAACUCCCGAAGGAGGAGGAAGGAGAAGUUCCUCUCCGAGCUUUGGAGCAUCUCCGACAAAUCUUCUCUCGUUGAGUGGCAGCGGUCCAGCUCCUGACAGCCGUGCAGUGCAAAAGUGUACACAAACGGGACCCAAAACACACACGAUACAAAAUUCUCCAGGUGUGUUUUUGUAAGACUUCCAGGGUGUGUUUUCUGUACUGUCACAUGUAGUAAACAGUCUAAACAUGCACCAAGGGUGACUCUUAUGAAUUUUUCCAUCACUGCGUCUUAAGAGCACGGAUGCACUACCCACCAACUCAUUCACUCCCAAAGACGUUAUUAAACGUCUUUUCAGACUUGGUCCAGAAUUGGCUGGUACUGAAUGAGUUAAGGGACUGCUUUUGUACCCAUGACACUUGUCCAGCUAGGGAGUUUUUUUUUUUUUUUUGCUCGUUGAGGUCAAGCCUGUCCUUCACUGGUACUAUUCUUUUAAAAUGAAAGAAUCAUUAGGUUACGGAAUGUUCACGUUAUGCGCCGAAACGUACAUUGAGUCCUGGACGGUGACAGAACAAAUUUAAGGUCCCAAAUGUUCUAAACUUCGGAUUAUUGUCAUGGCUCCGAUACAAAAUUCAGCGCUUGGCGUCAUGUAAAGUGCUUUGAAAUGCAAAGAGUAAAAGGAGGCACAAGGAAAGUGUGGCGAGCUAGCAUGCACCACAGCUCACCUCUAUUUGAGUCCCGCAAAAGCUCCUCAAUCUCGGUUGUGUUUUGGUGGCUUUGAAUGUGAAGGGGGUAAUACUUUUUUGGGCUAACACACCACAGACGAUAUCACCACCAACAGUUUGCAUGUCUGCCAAAUGAGUCGGGUGUAGUACGAAAUUGACCAAUGAAAGGCACCGUGGACUACCAGAAAAUUGAAGAAGUCACACUUAAUAUCAGCCUCAUAGUGCAACAGAUUCAAGACAAUGAAAGUACAACGGGACAUUUGCACUUUCAUUUUUUUUUUUUGACAUAAAAAAAAACUUUUUCCGCAGCUCUCAGCAUUCACAUGUAAUAUCGGAGUGCAUUGCAAUUUCCAGUUGUUAUUAUUUCUUCCUUUGCUCUUUUCAUUAUUGCUCAACAGAUUGGAUGUAAUAUGAGAAACAAGAAGUCUUUGGCCCUUCCGGGAUGCCUGAGAAUUGCUGGUUUUAUUUUGGUUAUUUUGUUUUCACAGUUUGUGGCGGCGUCUCUCGACAGAUUGUAACUGAAAGAACAAAAUGUGCGGCUUGUUCAGGAAAGGUUAUUAACUUUUUGAUCGCCCAAACAACUUUGUUUCUGAAAUAUUACACUUUUUUUUCUGGGAUCACGGACAGAACAUAAGCAAGAGAUACGAGUGACCGGACUUGCAAGUUUUUCCAAAAUACAAGUGGAAUAAAAAAUUUUAUCCGUUCCCGUACUUCAAUAAUGAAUAUGGCACUUCUUCUCUUAAAUUGUGCUCACCCCUUUGACGCUCUCUUUUUAAAAAUGUUUUAUGUUCAUGGGGAGGUAAGCAUCUUUAGAGCUGGGGAAACAAAUUUAAGUAUUUGAAUGCAUUGCUACGCCAUAUCAUUUGCGUAGGGGCACCCUGCAAUGCCAUAAUUGAAGCGAGGACAUUGAUUUUGCUUUUAGCAUGAGGUUGUGUGAUUGACACUAUUAAACGUCAACCAACAAAAGAAAUCCUGCUGUGCGUCAUCACUAUAUCUUAAACACAACGCAGUCGGACACCAUCGGUUACACUUGUAUAGGCAGUGAACUCGACUCAGCUCACUUGGCAAUAAGCAGCAGGGAGGCAUAGACUGAACAUUUCUUUAAAAAGGUUUUAAGCUGUUUAUUGCUAUUCCCGGUACAAUUU